GAGAGCGAGAGCGACAUUGCCUCUGUAGGUGUAGGUCGUAGUCGUGGUGGAGCACGUACGUCUGUGGCUUCGAGUUGUUUUUUAACCUCGGCCGCUCGCUCGAUUUGGUCCAGGAUCGUUUGUUGCGGCUCGACGGGUUUGUGCGUUUUAGGACGGGAGGAGGAAUUUGGUGUCGAGAAAUCUCGACUUUUGAAGCGUUGGAACUUUCACCGCAGGGCAGGGCAGGGAGUUAUUGUUAGGGUUUAAGUCGCUGCGAAUUGGGAGGUUUUCGGGUCGCUGAGAUGCCGGGUCUGGCGUGCAACGCUUGUAAUGUAGAGUUUCAGGAUGAGACAGGGCAGAAAUCUCACUAUCGGUCUGACUGGCACCGGUACAAUUUGAAGAGAAAGGUCGCUGGAGUUCCCGGGGUUACUGAAGGACUUUUCAACCUGAGGUUAGAGGCAUUGGCUGCAGAGAAGAAGAAGGCGGAAGGACAGCGUCUGCUUUACAAGUGCUCACUUUGUGGUAAAGAGUAUUCAACAGAGAAAGCCCACAUUCAGCAUUUGCAGUCCAAGCUCCAUAUCAGCAAGGCUGCCAGUCUUGAAGAUUCGUCAGGGGCAGCUGUUGCUGUUGUGAGACCCGCACCAGCUCGGCCAGUGAAGGAGCAAGUGCCCGUUGUCGAAGCAAAGGAGGAAGACGAAGAGACCGAGACCGAGAGCAGCGAUGAGGAAUGGGAAGAAGUUGAUGGAGAUGAGGCCGAGGAUGCUGUCAUGGAGCUUCGGGGCAAUGAGGAGGGUUCUGACGACAGGGCUGGAUCUAGUGGUGAAGUAAUUGAUGAAGAAUGGGACGCAAGCCGCUGUUUUAUUUGUGACUUCCAGCCAGAUGGAAGUAUCGAAGGUUGUGUAGAGCACAUGCACAAAGUCCAUGGAUUUUUCCUCCCUGAUGCCGAAUUCUUGAAGGAUCCGCAAGGAAUGCUUAGUUACCUUGGUCUCAAGGUAACGAAAGGAUUCAUGUGCCUAUUUUGUGACGAUAGAGGUAAGCGCUUCCAAAGCUUAGAAGCAGUGCGGAAGCAUAUGGUGUCUAAAAGUCAUUGCAAGUUGCGUUAUGGCGACGGAGAAGGUGCAGCAGAGGAAGAACUGGAAGAAUACUACGAUUUCAGUAGCAGCUAUGUUGGCGCAGACGGGAAACAGCUUGUGAAAAUCGAAGAUGGAGAUGACGCACCCGCCGUGUUAACCAGUGGUGGCCUUGAGCUUAUGUUGAAGGGCGAUGAUGCUGAAGGAAAGGCAUCUAGAACACUUGGUUCGAGGGAGUUAUUCCGCUACUACAAACAAAAGCCCAAACCAUCUGAUCAAAGAGAUGGAAUGGUCGUCAACGCAGUUAUUGCAAGAUACCGGAGUAUGGGACUAGCAACUAGAGAACCAGGGGCAAAAUAUCCCAAGAGUGCAGAUGGGAAGAAAACUAGACAUUCCAGAUUAGACCUUAUGCGUACACAGAUUGGUAUGAGGAAUAAUGUCAACUGGGACUUGCCCAGAAAUGUACCAUAUUAGGAGGAACGGUUGCAGAGUAUCUCUGCUGUCCCGUCUCUUCAGCAAGCUAGCUUACGAAAUAACGAAAUUCAAUAUUUUUGCAAGCAAUUUUUAUCAACGUGAAAAAUAUACUUCUCAACAAUAGUAAAAAUUACACAGGCGACCAAUCUCAUAUUCCA